AUUUUUCGUUAUCGUUGCGGUCACACUGCUAGCGAGGUAAACAUUGUGUGGUUGGUAAACAAUCAUUUUUUAAGAUAGUUGCAAAUUAAUGAAAGAAAAUGCCGGCGCAUAAACGCGUCUUGGUGAUAGACAAUGGCUCCUACGAGUGCCGCGUUGGCUGGCAUGACUCCAAAGAGCCUGAGUUGCGUUUUCGCAAUGUGCUGACCAAACCACGAAAGGAUCGUAAGAAAGACAACAAUCAAGCGACGGACGCUUUGGCGCUGCCUGCAGGAACAACAGCAGCUCAAGAGGAAUGCAAGGGCAAUGGUGAAAUACAAGUGGGCAAUGAUAUUAUUAACAUUGAAGCAGUACGGGCUCAUCUUAAAUCACCUUUUGAACGCAAUGUAAUCACAAACUGGAAUCAUCAGGAACAAAUCUUCGAUUACAUAUUCACCAAGAUGGGUUACGAAGGCAAGGAGAGCAUUGCAAAUCCUAUCGUGCUCACCGAGGCGCUGGCCAAUCCCAAUAUCUGUCGUCGCCAAAUGAGCGAGCUGCUCUUCGAGUGUUAUCGCGUGCCCGCCGUUUCUUAUGGUAUCGAUGCACUCUACAGCUGGCAACAGCAUCAGCAGCAGCAUAAGGGUGUCCAGGAUGCACUCAUUCUGUCUUUUGGCUACAGCACCACACAUGUGAUACCCGUGCUCAAUGGUCGCAUGCAACUGGAGCAUGUGCGUCGAUUGAAUGUGGGCGGCUUUCACAUCAUCAACUAUUUGUUCCGGCUUAUGCAAAUGAAGUAUCCGGUGCAUUUGAAUGCCAUCACAAGUCGCAUGGAGAAGCUGGUGCAUGAGCACAGUCACAUCGCACUCGACUAUCAGGAGGAGCUACUGAAGUGGGCACAACUGGAUUACUAUGAGGCGCACAUCAUGAAGAUUCAACUGCCCUACAAUCCAGUUACUGCCAGCAAUGCUUUGCUUACCGCCGAACAGAAGCAAGAAAAGCGACGCGAAUUGGCACUUCGUUUGCUGGACAUUAAGAAUCGUCGGGAGCGCGAGAAACUCCAGGAGGAUGAGGAGCAAUUGCAAUUGCUGCGCAAGCUGCGUUUGCUCUACGAACAGCAAAAGAUGCAGAAAUUUGAACGCGCGUUGCAGCAGCAGCAGAUCAGCAAUCUCGAGGAGCUGGACAAGCUGCUAACCACAGUGCAGUCUCGCAUAAAGCGAGUCAAGGAGCGUGCCUCGGCGCCCCCGCGACCCAGUAAGCAGCAAGACAAGUUGGACAAGAUGCCCAAGCCACCCGAAGGCGUACCACAAGCCCAAUGGCUGGCCGAGUUGCGUGGUAAACGGGAGGAGCUGAUGCGUCGCAAGCAGGCGCGUCAACAGCAACGCACCGAACAGGGCAAGCGGCAUACACAUGCCGCUCAAGAGCGUAUGCGAAUCAUCUCAACGCUGGCAGCUCGAAGCGAGAAACGGCGCAAAGUCAACAACGGUGAUGAGGAGGAUGAUGGCUUUGGCAUGAAUGACAACGAUUGGGAUGUGUACAAGCGCAUCAAUCGCUACAACGAUGACAGCGAUUCGGAUGCCGAGAACGAGCAGCUGCUCGAGUUCGAGAAGAUCCUAAAUCACUACGAUGCCAACGGUGAUGAUGCACAGAAUGCAGCAAUGCAGGCGUUGAAUGCUGCCGAAAAUUAUCAACUGCACUUUGGCGUGGAGGCGAUACGUGUGCCCGAGAUACUCUUCCAGCCCAGCAUGAUUGGCUGCUCUGAGGCAGGAUUAGCUGAGCUCAUUGCUUUUGUGCUGAAACUAUUUCCAGCUGAGGAGCAACAACGUCUGGCGGAUCAUGUCUAUUUAACGGGCAGCUGUGCACAGUUUCGUGGUCUCAAGGCGCGACUGGCCAAAGAGAUGAUGGAACUGCGUCCUUUUAAGUCUAGUUUCGCUAUCUACGAGUCGCAGGAUCCAGCGCUGAGCGCCUGGUUGGGGGCUUGCCUACAAGCCAGGGUGCCAAACUUCAGCGAGGUGCUGACUACGCGGUCACAAUAUGAGGAACAAGGCGGCGAAUACUUUAAGGAGCACAGGGCAAGCAACAGUUAUUAUCCUACACCAAAAGAUUAGGCAUUUAUUAUAGCUGUACUAUAUCACAUGACCAGAAUAAAUGUUUAUAAUGCUAAAAUAGUAACUCGGUUACAUCGUUGCCAAACAAUAGAUUCCACGACGAAGGCAACGUCAACUUAAACUUGCCAUCUCCAGCAUCACUCGCGAC